AAAGGAACAUAAAUCAAUCACAUGAAUCAGUAGAAAAAGAAAAAUCGCACGAAAACUAGAUUUCUACAUUGUUGUUUAACAUCUGAAAAGAAAGAAAAAAUUGGAACAACAUACCUCAGCAGCCCCUUCUAAAAACGAAUUCAGUACGAUAAUUUUGUAGAUCUUUAGCGAUUAUAUUGUGAAAAAGUACUGUGUAUACUAUUAACUAAGCGACAUACAUGUAUCCUUGGAGUUCCGCAAAUUAUUCACCGGUAGCUGGUGGUGUUGGCACAAUGACUAUGCCGAAUAGUGUUGACGAUCAGGAGAAACUUUUGGCUGAAGCCAUUAGUUCUGCUCGUAAGCAAGCAUUUCAAAUGAAUCAUUUCUUAGACAAGGAACGUAUGCUGGAUGCAUUAAAAUGCGCCAGUGCCAUGUUAAGUGAAUUGCGUACUUCAAUGUUGUCGCCCAAAAGUUACUAUGAAUUAUAUAUGGUGAUUACCGAUGAAUUGUGUCAUCUAGAAUUGUACUUGAGUGAGAAAGCUUCUAAGGAAACGGAUCUUUACGAACUUGUCCAGUAUUCGCACACCAUAGUGCCCCGUUUGUAUUUGCUUAUAACUGUUGGUAUUGUGUAUAUUAAAAAUGAUCGCUCCUUGAAGCGCAGUAUUCUCAAGGAUUUGGUGGAAAUGUGUCGUGGUGUUCAACAUCCCUUGCGUGGUCUCUUUUUACGUAAUUAUCUGCUGCAAUGUACGCGUAAUAUAUUGCCAGAUGUUUUAGUGGCCGACAAUGAACAUGAAGGCAAUGUUUAUGAUGCCAUAGACUUUGUAUUGACCAAUUUUGCCGAAAUGAACAAACUGUGGGUUCGCAUGCAGCAUCAGGGUCAUUCCAGUGAAAAGACACGUCGUGAAAAGGAACGUGAAGAAUUGAAAAUUUUGGUUGGUACCAAUUUGGUGCGUUUGUCGCAAUUGGAAUCUGCCUCGCUGGAAAUCUAUCAGCGUUUAAUUUUACCUGGCAUUUUGGAGCAAGUGGUUAGUUGUCGUGAUGCUAUUGCCCAGGAAUACUUGAUGGAGUGUAUUAUACAAGUGUUUCCGGAUGAAUUUCAUUUGCAAACUUUAGAUCCUUUCCUAAAGUCAUGCGCCCAACUGCAGACAGGCGUUAAUGUUAAGAAUAUAAUAAUAUGUCUAAUUGAUCGCUUAGCUAUUUACAAUCAGAGGAGUGGAAAGAACAAUGGCACUGAUAUUGAAUCUAUUAUCCCUCCCGAAGUAGAACUGUUUGAGGUGUUUAGUAUACAAGUAGCCAACAUUGUACAGACUCGCUCUGAUAUGCCCUUAGAAGAUACAAUAUCAUUACAAGUAGCUUUAUUGAGUCUGGCUCAAAAGGUCUAUCCAGAUCGUGUUGAUUAUGUGGAUAAAGUAUUAGGUACAACCACAAAGAUUUUGGAAUGUCUUAAUAUGAAUAAUAUUUCUCAUCUAUUGUCGGUUAAUCAAGAGCUGUCUCGCCUCUUGCGUAUUUGUGUUGACUUUUACAACAAUGUUUUGACUGUUAUACAACUGAGCAACUUCUGUCCUUUGCUAGAGAAAUUUGAUUAUACCUCUCGCAAGACGCUGGCUUUAUAUUUACUGAUGAAUGUUUUGGAAUAUGAGACGCUAAUACCUACGGCGGAACAGGCUGACGCAGUUUUAAAUAUAAUAACACCCUUAAUUAAAGAUGACGAAACUGUUGUAACUAAAAAUGGACAAGAAGUAUCAGUAGAUCCCGAUGAAUUCGCUGAAGAACAAGGCAUAGUGGCACGUUUUAUACACUUGCUUAAAUCUGAGGAUCCAGAUAUGCAGUACAAGAUAUUGCAAUCUGCACGCAAACACUUGGGUGCUGGUGGAGCACAACGUAUUAAACAUGUGUUACCACCUCUAGUGUUCUCUGCCUACCAACUGGCUUAUAAAUAUAAAGCCAAGGCUGAAGAAGAUGAGAACUGGGAUAAAAAGUGUCAAAAGAUUAUACAAUAUUGUCACAGUACAGUAUCAGCUUUGGCCAAAGCAGACUUGGCCGAAUUAGCAUUAAGGUUGUAUCUACAGGGGGCUUUGGUAAUUGGUGAAAUUGGUUAUACAAAUCAUGAGACCGUAGCCUAUGAGUUUAUGACACAAGCAUUUUCUCUAUAUGAAGAUGAAAUCUCAGAUUCUAAAGCCCAGUUGGCGGCCAUUACAUUAAUAAUGUCUACUUUUGAACAAAUGUCCUGUUUUGGCGAGGAAAACGCCGAUCCUUUAAGAACAAAUUGUGCAUUAGCUGCUUCGAAAUUGCUCAAAAAGCCCGAUCAAUGUAGAGGUGUGGUGGCAUGUGCAGCCCUCUUUUGGAGUGGCAAAAAAAAUGGCGAAGAAAUGCGUGAUGAAAAAAAGACUUUGGAUUGUUUAAAGAAAGGAGCCCGUAUUGCUUCUCAGUGCUUAGACACAGGCGUUCAAGUUCAACUUUAUGUUGAACUUCUUAACCAUUAUUUGUUCUACUUUGAACGUGGUAAUUCUUUGAUAACAGUGGCCAUGCUCAACCAGCUAAUUGCUAAAAUCAAUGAGGAACUUCCUAAUUUGGAACCCAGCGAAGAAACUAAACAAAUCGAAAUGCAUUACAAAAAUACUUUGGCCCAUAUAAAAAGUCGCAUGGAGUCGAACGACGUGGGCUUAGAGGUUUCAUUUGCGGGAAUUUCGAUACAUUAGUCGAAUUAUGUAUAAGUUCUGCAGGGGCAGAUAAAACUUUUUAUAAAUAUGUAUCUUUGCAUUUUCAAUGAAAUUGAAAAUUGCCAAAACAAUGGUUAUUAUUUUUACACAUUAUUAUUAUACAUUAUUCCGUAGACAAAUUCAAAAACAAACAAACAAAACACUAACAUUCACAUUAAUAUUAUUUGGUUAACAUAAUAAGCAAACAAACGUAGUUGCCCAUCCUAUACAUUAUACAUACGUCAUGUGCAACAAAACACAACUUCUUCGAUAUUUAAAUGUAUUAAGUUACACAAUUUUGAACUAAUGGAAGGAAAAAAUGCAGUACAUUAAGUUAAGAAGUAUUUCAAAUCGCAAGAAGUAAAUAAUUAUUUUAAUCAAUAACUUUUAA